GCAAAGAGAAACAGAGGAGCAGCGACCGACCGACACACGAAACUCUCCCCGUCUCGUCAUCAUCACAUUAUCACCCGCCACGAUCCUCCCCGCCCACGCUCAUCAUUCAAUGCUUCGUCGCCUCCUCGCCCGAGUAUCCUUCGCCGCCUCCUGCCCGGCGGAUCCUAUCGGUCUCGUGAUCUAGCCUCCAGCGCCUCUCGCCGCGGGCGGCGGCGGCGGCGGUGGCGAUGUUCUGGAAGGACAGCAGCGCCCGGAGCAGCAGCAGCAGCGGCCGGGAGCAGAGCGGCGUCGGGCCCUUCGGCCAGGUGCGCGUCCUCGUCGUCGGCGAUUCAGGUGUCGGUAAAUCUUCACUGGUGCAUCUUCUCUUAAAUGGUUCUUCUAUUGCUCGACCGUCUCAGACAGUAGGAUGUAAAGUGGGCAUUAAACAUGUUACUUAUGGAAGUGCAGGGGGGUCUUCUAAUAACAUCAGCAGCGAUGCUGAAAGGAACUUCUUUGUUGAGCUUUGGGAUGUCUCAGGGCAUGAACGAUACAAAGCUUGUCGUUCACUUUUCUAUACACAAAUAAAUGGUGUCAUAUUUGUAUAUGAUCUCUCCCAGAGGAAGACCAAGACAAAUUUGAAUAAAUGGGCAGUUGAAGUUGCUGAAACAGGCACCUUUAUAGCUCCACUUGGAUCUGGUGGACCAGGAGGACUUCCAGUGCCUUACCUUGUAAUCGCUAAUAAAGCGGAUCUUGUUCCUAGAGAUGGCACUAGAGUCAGAAAUGGAAGUAUUGUUGAUGUUGCUCGUCAAUGGAUUGAGAAGAGAGGUCUUCUUCCUAGCAGUGAAGAACUUCCACUCACAGAUAGCUUUCCUGGGAACUCUGGUCUAAACUCGGCUGCCAAAGAAGCAAGAUAUGACAAAGAAGCUGUGAUCAAGUUUUUCCGCAUGUUGAUCAGGAGAAGAUACUUUUCGAAUGAGCCUGCUGCCCCAAGUCCGUGGUCUCUUACUCCGCGGGAAGAUAGUGUCCUCCCUGUAGCGACUCUCAAAGAUGAUGCUGAUACCUUUCAAAGGAAAAGCUAUAGUGGGGAGGACUACACGUUCAAUGGAGUAUUGCCACUGCCAGCACAGAGGAACCUUCCACCGCCGCCAACUCCCGACCCACAACCGCCAGUGUUUUCUUCAGAUAACUACAGAUAUCACAGAUACUCCUCGCCAUCGCUUACUGAGAUAAGCAGCAAUAGAACAAGCCGUGAAAAAUUUAAUGUAUAAUACAGUGGAUGAGAAGGGUUAAAGGGCAUUACCUUUAACCUUGGAAGCAAUAUAGCGUCUGCUGCCUGGGUGUUGAAUUCCAGCUGGUAUCAUGAACCA